CAGGUGGACUGGUGGUGGUGGUGGCGGAACGGUCACCUUUUUUUCCUUUUUCUUCCCCGACGCAGCAAAUCCACCAAAAAUCCCAUCUUUUACAACCAAAACGAGCCCAGCCUGCCCCGCCGCCUGCGCCCCCCUUUCGAAUCCGCGAGAGUUCCGCUCGAAUCCGGAGUAGCUCGCCGGCCGACCGAUGGCGGCGGCGUUCGGCAACACCUGCUACUCGUCAGGGUCGGAGGGGGAGGACGAGGACGAGGACGAGGGGCCCGAGGGGUACCGCAAGGGCGGGUACCACGCGGCGCGGCCCGGCGACCGGUUCGCCGACGGCCGGUUCGUCGCGCAGCGGAAGCUCGGCUGGGGCAACUUCUCCACCGUCUGGCUCGCAUACGACACCCUCCUCAGCAGAUUCGUGGCGCUCAAGAUCCAGAAGAGCGCGAGGGACUACGCGCAGGCGGCGCUGCACGAGAUCGAGCUGCUCUCCGCGGCGGCCAAGGGCGACCCGACCAACUCCAAGUGCGUCCUCCAGCUGCUCGACCAUUUCAAGCACGCCGGCCCCAACGGCCAGCACGUCUGCCUCGUCACCGAGCUCCUCGGCGACAGCCUGCUGCGGCUCAUCCGGUACAACCGGAACAAGGGCAUCGGGCUGAGCAGGGUCAGGGAAAUCUGCCGGUCGGUUCUAGUCGGCCUCGACUACCUGCACCGCGAGCUCGGCAUCAUCCACACCGAUCUCAAGCCGGAGAACGUGCUCCUCGUGUCGACGAUAAACCCGUCCAAGGACCCCGCGCGUGCCGGGUUCGCCCCCAUCCUCCACAAGCCCGAGGGGAACCAGUACAACGGCGCGGCCAUCAGCUUCAGCGAGAAGAUGCUUAGGAUGCGUGCGAGGCGUGCCGUGGUCAAGAUUUCACGGAGGCGGGAGUCGCUCGGCGGGGUCAUGGUGGACCUGGAGAAGGAGCUGGAGAGAAAGAGGAGCCUCGAUGGCAUUAGCAUGAAGUGCAAGAUUGUUGAUUUCGGUAAUGCCUGCUGGGCUGACCAGCAGAGCGCUGGCGAGAUACAGACGAGGCAGUAUCGAGCCCCCGAGGUUAUCAUCGGGUCCGGGUAUUCUUACUCUGCCGAUAUGUGGUCCUUCGCGUGCCUGGUGUUCGAGCUUGCCACCGGCGACAUGCUCUUCUCUCCCAGGGACUGCCAAGGCUGCAGCGAAGAUGAGGAUCAUCUGGCUCUGAUGAUGGAAACUCUUGGGAAGAUGCCUAAGAAGAUAGCCAGCUCAGGCACCCGUUCCAAGGACUACUUCAACCGAUACGGAGACCUGAAGAGGAUCCGAAGGCUCAAGUUCUGGCCUCUCGAACGCGUCCUGGUCGAGAAGUACAACUUCCCUGCACCGGACGCCAACGGGUUCGCCAACUUCCUCCGCCCGAUCCUAGAUUUCGCUCCAGAGAGUAGGCCGACCGCCGCUGAGUGCCUGAAGCACGCAUGGCUCAACUGAUUCAGCGAUACAGAGUAACUUCAGAAGCCUAACCGACAAUAGCUUACACAGAUCAAUCGUUAGAUACCAGCAAUGUCAAGUACUGAUUCAGAUGAAGCCUGAUGAAUUAUUAGUAGCGAUAGCCAUGGCGCCGGCAUAUGGUAUCAUCGUCAGUUUGUUUUUCUUCAUAACACGGAACUAUCAUGUGUUUUUGGUGUAGCCACUGCAGAGCUGAUGUAGUUGUUUAUUCUGCUUGUGUGCUGGCCUCAACUAUGGGCUGUAAGAUGUUUGGUAAUGUGAUCUGGCCACCAGCUUUCAUCU